AUGGUUCCAGAGUCCAAGACCCCCGCGUAUCAAGCAUUGCUUGCGCUGGAGAAAGGGAUGUCAAGCUCUCCAAUUGAACAGCUCAUAGAGGCUGCUAGGGUUACCGGAAUCGAUCUUGAGAGCUAUAGAGGCCAAACUUCGAUUAGCGAUAGUGAACUCCCCCCAGUUACGUCGGCUCUCUCUGCACCCAAGGAGGAAUGGGUCCUGCGAUGGUUGUUGAAGAAGCUAAAGGGCUCAACCGAUGAACCGAACGAAUACCGAAAUAAUAAGCAAGCUUGGAUACUGUUACGUGCUCUCUUUCGACGAAUUCCUAUUAGGAGUCUGGCGUUUACGCUAAACGAAAAUGAUUUCUUAUCUAUACUUCGAGAUUCCUUGGUGGCCUUCGACUGGGCGAGCAGCCAGGAAACCAAUUCUCUGAAAGUAGACUAUAGCUCAAAAGCAGGGGCACAGCUGAAACGUAUACCGGAAUCGGAUUCUUCUACCCGAAGUCGGAAACGCAAACGGACAGACGCCUCUAACGUGGACAUCCCGAAAGAUGAGAGCACGCAUGAUUCCCAGUGUGAUGAUUUCCUUGCGAUCCUCGAAUCCGUCAAUACUCUUCUAAAGCUCGCUGAUCAGCUUCCUCAAUCUAAGCUUUCACUAAAAGCCCAGCUUAAGCUUAUCUUUCGCGGAGAGGCCAAAACAAGUGCUGUUAUCCUAGGGAUUUCCUGCAGUCAUGCUCAGACUGCCGUUAACCGGGUCAAUAUUACUAGCGCAGCUUCGUUUACACAGCGACUUUAUGUGUCUCUUAUACCGGUGUUAGAAAUAUGGGAACUCCGUUCAGAUCAUUUUGAGAAUGGGUCAACCAGUUCUAGUAAUGAAGUGUUUGUAUCUCAUGCCUUGGUUGGUGUAUUGGGAUUAAUUAAAACAAUACGCCAAUAUCCUGGAAGCCCGGAACUUGUCAAUGGUCUCGAGAGAUUGGUAGCCCUUCAUACUGUCCUCAAUCUCCGCGAAGCGUACUUCUCCUCAGAAGCCGUAACUUCCAGUAGUGAGAGCAACCUGAAGAAAGUGCGGCACCUCAGCAAUGAAUUUAAAUCGAGGUUAGGGCCUGUUCUUUCUAGUGCGGAUGCCAGCAUUCUUCCCACACUCUUUGAUAUUUCUAUCCGUGCUAUGCCUAGAAAUAAUUUUCGACGGCAGCUUCACGAAACACCCUGGUUAGAAUCGUUUGCUAUUUGCCUUAUGUCUCAAGCAGGCUACCCACUCAAUGAAGACCAGGUCACAGGUUCUGUUACAGAGGGAGUUCACUGGUUACAAGAAUUUCUGGAUGUAGCUAUCCAUAGAAAUCUCAAACUCUCCUUGGGGGUCCUCGUCCAAAUAGCAAGCCGAUAUUCUGGUCUCUCAAACGCCCAGAAUGGAAUUGAAUGGCACCUAAUAGCUCGGAUAGUGCAGCUUGACGUGGAUGUGUUCCUACUGAAUUCUGGCAUAGAGCAGUCCGCCGUCUUGCUAAACUCCCUACUCAACGGUAUAACAAUUUUAUCGCUCCAAAAAUGCCCCGCCUCAAGUGAAAUUCACAAUGUAAUAAAACGUGAAAUUGUCAUUCCACUAGCACGAGGAUUUUUCAAUGCUAGAGACGGGUCAGCCUUUAUCCGAAUAUGGACCGAACAGCUUUCCCAAGUGGAGUCAGCGCGGCAGACUGAUGAAAAAAACCUCUUGAUUUCCAUCUGGGAAGACGACGAAGUAGUCAAAGCUUGCGGGGGCUGUUUAGCAGUUUCAGGCGCUCAGCUUGACACACAGGUAGUGGAUAUCUUGGGCAAGGCACAACCAAUUAAGUCUUCUCUACUUGAAUCUUCAAGCGCAUAUUCUUAUUUGGUUGUACUUGACUCUAUCCUAAUGUCCCCAAUAAAAGGAGGUCUCGAUACUAUUUCAACUGUUCAUUAUGAGCAAACAUUUGAAAAGUUAUUCACCCUUUUAUCUUCUAGUCUUCCAAGAGUUUAUUGGAGAUGGAGAGUAUGGCGGUGCAUACAAAACUCUGUUUCCCGGUACCCAGAUUGCUCGGAAGCAAUUCAGUUUGAUAUAAAAGGCUCAUUGGUUCCUAUGGCUCUCCGUAAGCUGGAACUCUUCGCUCAAAGUUGCAGCUCUAUCUCACCUCAAGAUUGUUUGGAGACUUUUAUGUCUCUCGGUUUCCUCAUAUGUCUUUGCAAUAAAGCAUUGGGGGAUUCUUUCAAUGAGUAUAUAAACGGGGCAACCUAUGCUUUACUACAAAACUUCAAACCUCUCUUAAGGUCCGGGUCAACCGCGUGGGAUGGUCGAAUGGAAACACUAUCAACUCCGGCGGCUGUUAGUAUUGCUUGCGGUGCCGCUUUGCUUUCCAACAGCUCGAUUAUGGCCCGGCUGCCCCCUAACACCCGGCAACUCCUAUUUACUGGCAUUAUCUCAUCCCUUGAGGUUGGCCCAGCCUCCACAAUAAAAAGCCAACUCUCUGAAAUUUGGAAAGAUUUUCUGUCAUCACGAUCCACCUUAGAAUUGUCUUCUAUCGUGGAUGAUCUUGUCAAUGUGAUCUAUGAUAAGCUUACAAAAAAUGGGGCUCCAUCUAAGUUGCUAAUCAGCAGUCUCCUGUAUACCCCUACUCGCCUAAUUCCCCGCUCACAACGUGGUUCAAUUGCAGACCUUCUUCAAUCCUUUUUCUUAGAUGGUAAAGUCAAAUCGGAGAUGAAGUUGGACGCGUUAUUGCUUAUGACCAGGCUGGUGGAAGUUUCGAGGUUGUCAGCUCAAAUAACCAGUGAUGAGGAUAAAAUCUGGGAAAUUUCACGUUCAGUAAAUGUGGAUAGUGAAGAUAACGUUCAGUUACUUUUCGAUGCUUUCAAAAAAUUCCACGGAGUUAUUAUAAGCCGAUUCGAAGCGGCACCUGGAGAUUCCGUGACGAAGUUUAUUAAGAACCUCUAUUCAAGGGCAACGAAAUCAGUGCCCAGGAGUUACCGAACUAUGGAAUAUCCCCUAUUUAUCCUCUCCCUUUCGCUUUUGUACAAACAUGAGCAGAAGCUCGACAGCAAGGAGAAGUUCGAGAUAAUCUGUGCCCUACGACAGAAAACGUUCAAUGACCUUAUUUCGGAUCUACACUCCCUAGCCAAAACAAUAAAGAAGGCAUCUGGUGAACCCGAUACUGUCAAUUUAGCUGGAACUUUGUGCAUGUUAGACACAUUCCCAGACCUCCAACAUGAGAGCAAAGAUUUGCGGAAGAAGAUUCGCAAAAUUGAGGAAUACAUGUCUAAAUACAAUUCACCUGAACAUUUAAAGAAACAAGCUAGACUACUUAGUGUGACCUCAAAAGCUCCAGGUGCCGACAUUGAAUCUCGCUUACAUGACUACAUGGCGCUAUUUCCACUUGAACAACUGCACGGAAGGGAUCAAAGAACCCUCGUCCAAAAGAUAAAUAUUCAAGUAUUGGAGAUGGGAGAGGACGCAGUCGUUCAAUUAAUUCAUAAUAUUUGCGAAGCGGAAUUGCUUGAGGGAAAAAACGGCUACCGACUUCUAUUGCUAGGCAUGGCAAUAGUUAGCUUGGAUCCAAUCCAAGACAGAGAAUCUUUAGUGUCACGCGAACUGUCAACAGCUUUCACUAAAAUUUCGGUAGCAUUCUCCCAUACGGCAUCCAUCGAGUCAUUCUGCCUAGCAGCAGAAUCCCUUGAUACCAUUCUUCGGUCACAAUCUAGGUCUGUUACUCAAUGGAACAUAGACAAUCUACUGGCCAAUAUAUCCCUAAUCUUAUCUCCCUCUGGCCCACUAAUCGAUAUUAAAUUCGCGGGUACUAUUCACUCCCGGCUCUGCAAACUGCUUGGUACCUUGUUUGGUCUAUAUCGACAAAAACUUAGUGGUAGAUUCCACCUAGUUCUCCCGAUAAUGCAAGCCCUCUUACGGUGCUUAUUCACCAGCAAUAAGAAGGCGUCAGGCUCAUCUGGAGCUGGGUUAGCUCUUCCAGCUUGGGUUAUAGGUUCUUUUGGCCUUGAAGCGGAGCAUGGCACACGGUUUGCCCGCCUCCUUAGCGCCCUCUGCGAUCCAACUGUGUCCUCGGUCCAACGACAUGGAGGUGCCCAUUCACGGCAGGCAUUGAAUGAUAAUACAAAGAAGAUGAGAAGUUUGGCAGGCCAGUAUCUGCAGUACCUUGUUAUGGAGUACUCAUCGUGCCAAUUGAAGGGGCAUAUUUCCCCCGAGAUGAAAGCAGCGCUGAUGCCCGGGAUGUAUGUGGUACUAGAUGUCAUGUCACAGAGUACAAUGCGUGCCAUGAACGCAGGGAUGGAUUCUUCAAGUCGUGCGGUGUUUAAGACGCUCUACGAUGAUUAUAUUCGAUUCGGGAAGUGGGAUCACAAUUAA